AAAGGCGGAAAAACUGUAGUAAUUGAGCCCCACAGACACGAGGGGGUUUUCAUCGCCAAAGGCAAAGAAGACGCUUUAGUUACGUUGAAUCUUGUCCCCGGGUCUGAGGUUUAUGGGGAGAAAAGAAUAUCAGUCGAGACUGAUGGAAAUAAAGUCGAAUACAGAGUGUGGAAUCCAUUCCGGAGUAAAUUAGCUGCUGCUAUUUUGGGGGGAGUCGACCAAAUUCACAUGCCCCCAGGAAGCAAAGUAUUAUAUUUGGGGGCUGCGUCGGGGACUACUGUGUCUCACGUCUCUGAUAUUGUUGGACCUGAAGGACUAGUAUACGCCGUGGAAUUUUCACAUAGAUCAGGACGUGAUUUAAUAAACGUAGCGAAGAAAAGAACUAACAUUAUUCCAAUUAUUGAAGACGCCAGACACCCUCAUAAAUACAGGAUGUUGAUUGGAAUGGUCGACACAGUAUUUGCUGAUGUUGCCCAGCCUGAUCAAGCCAGAAUAGUGGCUUUAAAUGCACAAUACUUUUUGAAAAAUGGGGGACACUUUGUCAUUUCAAUUAAAGCCUCGUGUAUUGACUCAACUGCUCAACCAGAAGCCGUUUUUGCUUCGGAAGUUAAAAGAUUGCAAGCAGAUCAAUUAAAACCUCAAGAACAGAUCACUUUGGAGCCCUAUGAGAGGGACCAUGCUGUAGUUGUUGGCGUGUUUAGGCCGCCCCCGAAAAAGCAGCAAUGAGGAAUAAUUAGUUACUUUUACUUUUUUGUAUCACUUAAGUUAGGGAGACAAAAUGUUACAAUACGUUUAUAGAAAGAAAUAUUAAUUUUGCGAAAGUCUGGUUAUAUCUUUUCCGUUUCAAUUUUAAUAAAUAUGUAUAAAAUAAGUGUA